UGCGGUCAUAUAGCUAUAGAGAAAGGCUGCAAUUCUCAUUGUUCGUUUAGUCGUUUACGCAUAGGCAUCGGUAAUUUCUAAAAAACAAUACUCAUUCUACUGGAAACAAUACUCGAAUUUCGAUUCUGCUCUCUACGUGAUGAAGUGUGCACUGCUUGUCCUGUUUGCCGUUGGCUUGUCAUCAGCCAGAACUAUUACCUACCAUAAUUUGACCGUAUCCAGCGACGAAAUCAUUUCUGAUGAGGAUAUACUCAAAAAUUUGACUCAGUCCGUCUACGCGUUUCAUCAAAGCAUGGACGAUUACAUCGACUGGGUAUCAUUCGACAACAUAUUUGAAGAAAUGAUCAAGCAUAGCGGAGAACUUGCAGUUUCUAAUAUGGGAAGUAUUAGAAGUUAUUUUCUCAAAAGCCGUGAUUUUUAUUUCGAUGCAGUAGCUAGUGUAUACGAAUGGUGUGCUACAAUUGACAUAAUGAUGACGACGUAUGUUUAUUUAUUCGAAGAUUAUACCGAACAAGUUAAAGAGCUACAAAAAGAUUGCCUCAACGAGACUUUAAAUAAUGGAAUAAAACUUUUGACUAGAAGUGUUGAACUUUUGGACCAGAGUCGAAAUCACGUUAAUACAGGUAUUACAGACCUGUCAAACGUCAUGUCUAAGGUAACCAAUGCUUUUCGAAACGAUCAAAAAGAGGAUACGGCUACCAUCAAUGAUCUAAAUAAACAGACAAUGAAUGUUUUGGAGAAAAGUUUGUUCAAUGGAAUCGUAAGUAUCAUUAUGGUGGAAACAAUAUAUAAACCCGAAGUACAGAAAAAAUUCGAUUUGAUCAAGUCAUCAUUUGAUUUCAUGAACGAGAAAGUUAGACUUUCGAUCAAAAAGGGUCUCGAAAUUAAAGAAAAGUUGUCACUCGAAAUUGUGUAUAUUACAGGAUUGAGAGGAACGGUCAGCUCGAAUAAAUUAACAUUUGGUGGAAAGUAUAUGUUUCCUGUGCUUAAAAUGUCUGCUAAUAAAUUGAAAAAUGAAUGCAGCACGUACCAAACGAGACAUAUUAAAAAAACAGAAUAAGAUCAUUUUGCGAACCCGAAUGUAAAAUCAUGUAAUUUU